UUGUUGUUUGUGUUGUCUUCUUCAGUGGUGCAUAACCCUCCAGGCUGGGAGGUGGGGAUCUACCUGGUGGGCUUCCUCCUGCUGCUGGGCGCGGCUGGGCUCAACAUCUGGAAGCUGUGGAAAUCUGGAACCUUCCCCGCCCCAUCCCCGUUCCCUAACUUCGACUAUCGAUAUCUGCAAGAGAAAUAUGGAACCUCCUUCUCAGAAGUCAGGCAAAAGAGAGUGGCAGCCAACAACCACCGCCGCACCUCCAACACGUCUAGCCGGAAGCCCAGCUUGGCCUACGGUGAAACCCCCGACGGCCUCAGAGACCUGGGACACCUGGAGCUGAUGAGCAGGGACCUGGACGCGACCGGCGUCGCUCAACUCAACCGUUCCAUCUCCACCGACUCGCUCAGCUCCAUCUCCUCCAUCGCCAACAACUUCGGCCAUGACUUCACGGUCGGCCAGCUGGAAGUGACCCUCGAGUUUGAGCAGUCCCGGCAGCUGGGCCAAGGGACGGGAAUGCUCCACAUCUCCCUGCACCAGGGCAAAGACCUGCUGGAGAAAGAGGAAGGGGACUUUCCCGGCUGCUUUAUUAGAGUCUCUCUGGGGCCGGACGAGAUUAGCGUGGGAGUCACAAGGGUCCAGACGAAUGCAUUCACCGUUAUCUUUGAUGAGCGCUUCUCUGUUCCUAUGGACAUAUCCGCUCUGGACGAGUACAGCCUGCGCUUUGCCGGUUUUGGUAUUGAUGCAGACGAAAGAAACAUCAGUGCUGGCCUGGCGGAGCUCAAGCUGUCCGACCUGGACCUGACCAUCCGGCCAUUCAACGCCUGGCUCUACCUUCAGGAUGUCAACAAGGCUGUGGAUGCAGUGGGGGAAAUCCUGCUGUCUCUCAGCUACUUGCCGACAGCAGAGCGCCUCACUGUGGUCGUGGCCAAGUGCAAGAACCUGGUGUGGACCAAUGAAAAAAACACUGCAGAUCCGUUUGUCAAAGUGUAUCUUCUGCAAGAUGGCAGAAAGAUAAGCAAGAAGAAGACUUCCACAAAGAGGGAUGACACAAACCCCAUUUUCAAUGAAGCCAUGAUCUUCUCUGUGCCGUCCAUCGUCCUGCAGGAGCUCUCCCUGAGGGUCACAGUGGCCGAGGCCACGGACGACGGCCGCGGCGAGAACCUGGGUCACGUGAUCAUCGGCCCCGAGGCCAGCGGGAUGGGUAUCACCCACUGGAACCAGAUGCUGGCCACCCUACGGAAGCCCGUGUCCAUGUGGCACCCUCUACGAAGGAUCUAG